CGGCAAUAAUAAUCGCAAAAACCGACAAUUGAAAAACCUCUGGCAAUGAAGCGGGUAAGCGUUGACGCAUUCGAAAAUCACUGUCAAUGGUUUGUGAAUAAAAAAUUUGGUUUGAUCGGAUUUAGUUGGCGAUGUGUUGAGAACCUGAACGGAUUUACUAAUUAGGCGGCGCGCAAAUAAAAUAGUAGCUAAGUAAGAAAAAAGUGGGUAAUAAUAGUGCGAUUGGUUUAUGACGUUUAUACCAAGGAAAAGGGAGACUACGCCUCGACUACGUUACAAUGCUUUCAAGUGACUACUUUUACAUGAUGACGUCGCAAAAAAGAUCUACUCGAAUUGCCUGACAAUGAUGAAUUUCAAUGGGGUCGUCACGAUAAUGAAAAUGCUUACAGCGAACUGCAUUCUAAUUCUAACGAAUAUAACAGUACUAGCGGCGGAGGCGAUUAUUUGAUGCGUCACAUAUUGAAGAAGCGUCAAGUGAUUUUUCAAGAAAACAAAGACUACGGUGACUGCCGCACUUCGUUGGGAGAGGUUGGCCGUUGCCGACACCCACUCUAUUGCCGCAUACCUGAGUUGAAAAACGAUGUUUGGCGCUUAAUCUCGCAGUUGUGCAUUAUUGAACAAAAGUCUAUAGGCGUCUGUUGCACUGACAACACCGAGAACCGUUCCAGUCCCCAAGUUAUUGCUGAUGUUAACAAUAAUGGCUUGGAGGAGGCACGCAUUGUCAACAAGCCCGAGCAACGAGGUUGCGGACUUACCACCAAACAAUUUCCACGCAUUACUGGCGGCCGUCCAGCGGAACCGGAUGAAUGGCCGUGGAUGGCUGCGUUAAUACGUCCCGGUUUGCCAUAUGUGUGGUGCGGAGGUGUGCUUGUCACUGAUCGCCAUGUCCUGACAGCAGGGCACUGCGUCCACAAAUUCAAUAAAAAUGAUAUAUUCGUGCGCUUGGGCGAAUAUAAUACGUUGUUGGUUAAUGAGACACGUGCGCGUGAUUUUCGCAUUGCGAAUAUGGUGAUACAUAUCGAUUACGACACGCUAACUUACGAGAAUGAUAUUGCGCUGCUACGUCUGGAUCGUGCUACACUCUUUAACACAUACAUCUGGCCAGUUUGUAUGCCCCCUAUUAAUCAAAUUUGGGAGGGGCAGGUGGGCGUAGUCACUGGUUGGGGUACACAAACUUUUGCCGGUCCCCAUUCGAAUAUUCUUAUGGAGGUACUGCUGCCAAUUUGGAAACUUUCCGACUGUCGAAAAGCGAUGGUUGAGCGCAUUCCGGAUACAGUACUGUGCGCUGGCGUUCGUGAAGGCGGGCAGGACUCCUGCCAAGGCGACAGUGGGGGUCCAUUAUUGGUACAAUUGCCCAAUCGUCGCUGGGUCACCGUCGGUAUUGUCUCUUGGGGUGUGCGCUGCGGUGAAGCCAAUCGUCCUGGCAUGUAUACGAGCGUUAACCAUUAUAUGCAUUGGAUACUCGAAAAUUCGGAUAUUUAAUGUCGUUAAAACAUCUUAGUUGUGUCCUUAAAAAGUAAUAUAUUAAAUAAAAAUUUUGUCAAUACUCG